AAACCGUGCGCCUCUAUAUCUUUCUCUCUAUCUAAUCGUUGGCAUUGCUGGAGUUAAGUCACCGGUGUGUUAAUCCCCUCUCGACAUUCCAUUGAACGACGGUGCUUUAUCGUCGCCUCCUUCACGGGUGAAGACUGUGCAUCAUCCCGGGUGGCCGUUCAAGGCCAUUGGAGGGUCGGCCAUCCUCCGAGGAAGAUCCAGCUGGCCGGAUCGCGUCUGGCAGCAUCGUUCGGCCAUGAAAAACACCCCCAACGGCCUUAUAUAGGUUCUGUCGUUUUCUACCUUCCCCGACCACGCCGUUGCUGACUGAUUACGGCCGGUUGUGGCUUUUCCGACUCUUGGGAAAUUCUGAAAGGGGAACUGAGUUACUGCCUCCGUCACCUUUAGCCACACGAACUUUGCAUCGAAUCGUAUAGCUCGUGUCGAUUUUACUGAUUUGGAUCGAUCUACUGCCCGAGCUGACCGUGGUUGAGGUUAUUAUCAACGUUAGCUUUUUUCAGAUACUUGGGUUAGGAGAAUCGGUACUUGGAGUUACGAAAUCAUUCAGACUUCGUUAUAUACAUAUCAGUCACUCAACAGAUGGAGGAGGAUUGCUCCGAAUGGACUUGCAAAAUGUGUGGGAAUACAGGAAUGGCCGAUGGAUCAGAUGGUUACUUCUAUUGCUUGAGAUGUGGGUCUCAGGCUGAUGACAUUAUUGAUACGGGUGUUGCUGACGAGGAUUUUAUUGAAAAGGGUACCCAGGGUGGUGGUGCAGUUUACUUGGCCAGCCAUACUCGCCAUUCUCGCCAACCUGUCAUCUCAGCCCAACCGAUCUCACAAGUUGACCCCCAAUCUCAACAAUUUUGGUCCAAUUUGAAUCAAGAUGGAAUUGGAGAUGGUAUGGGGCCCUCGGGCACAAGUGAUUUUGGCUCAUACUCCAUGUGUACAUACAGUUAUGAAGGUUAUUACCAGGAGGUUAGGAAUAGGUAUGUAAUGGGGUUGCAGAUGAUGAUAGAAGCUCAAUGUGAGGCUCUGGUGGAGAAGUUUAAUGUGAAACCUUUGAUUUGUGGGAUAGUUGGACCUAUUUGGUUGAGAUUUUUGGCUAGCACUGGGGUUUUUGAUGACGGUUGGGCUGAUGAGGCUAUUCAUCAGUCCGAGAUUAAAAAAUCAGGAGAUAUUGAAAAUGUUAAGCCGUAUUAUCGUCACAAAGCAGAGCCUCACAACAUCCACGGUCAGAGAGCAUUAAUGAUAUGGAAUAAGUAUUUAAGGAAAAAGAUUCCGUUAUCUUGUUCUUUAGCUAUUUCUUUUCUAGGAUGCCAUAUUGCAAGGGAAGCAGUUCUUCCAACAGACUUGAUAAAGUGGUCAGUUGAAGGGGAGCUUACCUAUUUUGAUGCUUUUGUUGAAAUUGAGAAACGCAUUGGACAGUCUUUGCCUCCAUUUCCUUUAACUCUUAGAAGUAUGUUUAGGCCUGCACAUGCUUAUUCUGCUCAACAGUUGGAAUCACUGGCUGCUACAAUUGCUCAGUGCAUAGGCUUGAAUUUACCCCCAUUGAAUUUCUAUGAAAUUGCUUCCAGAUAUCUAAAGGAGUUGUCUAUUCCAGUGGAGGAAAUUCUUCCGUGUGCAUGCCGCAUAUAUGAGUGGGCGAUGCCUUCAGAAUUAUGGUUGUCAGCAAAUAAUUCUGGACUUCCUACUCGUGUCCAUGUGAUGUCAAUACUGAUUGUAGCAAUACGGAUUCUAUAUGACUUAAAUGGACUUGGGGUGUGGGAAAAAAGUUUGUCCAGUCCUAAUCUUCCUAGUAGAUCUACUGAAGCCAUGAAUAAGGACCCUGCAAGUAGUCCCAGAGGGGGGGACAAUGCUAAAAAUAGUUUUGGUUCUCCUCACAGUGUGGAUGAUUUGGAUACUAGUUCUACUAAAAACACAUCAACUGAUCAUGAAUCCAAGUUUGAUGCUACUGAGCUUUUGCGCAACCUUGAAACAAGAUAUAAUGAUAUUUAUAACACAUAUGGUGGCGUUAAAUGUACAAGAGAUCUUUAAAGCAUGCCAUCAUAUCUACAAUUCUGUAAGGAUGUGAUCUUUGCUGGAUCAGAACCGGCUGUGGACUUUUUUCACGAGGAGAAAACUUUAAUCGACAAGCUUUGGAAUUAUUAUCAAGAAGAAAAGGGUUCUCAACCAGCAGAAGGUUUGACAGCGCAAAAUUGCAGUGCCGACAUCAUGUAUAAAGCGAACAAAAAGGUCAGAGAUAAUGAAUAUCAUUCAAGUCCCUCCCAUGAUGGAAGGACUUCUCAUGAAGCUAUUUCGACUCAAAGACACUCAGAUGGCGACAAUUCAUCCAUGACUUCAGAGGAGCAUGAAAAUCCAGAACCCAGUGACAAAGUUUCAGCAGAGACCAAUGAACAUAGAGCAAUUAGAUUGAUGAAGAAAAACAUGGAGGAGAACAGGUUCUGUUAUAUCCCGCCAAGGGUUAAGCCGAGGAGAUUAGAUUACCUUCAAUAUGUAAGGAAGAGAGAUGAAGGCGCCAUAACAUAUGUUGCUCAUGCUGAUUACUAUAUCCUACUUCGUGCUUGUGCCAUGGUUGCCGAGGUCGACAUGCGGAUUAUUCAUGUUGGGGUACUGGGCAUGGAGAGGAGAUUAGAUUGGAUGGAAAAAAGAAUCGAUCACUGCUUACAUCUAACUCCUAGUACUACUACAUGUAAAUUUUGUAGUGAUGAACCAAAGCAAGAUGCAGUUCAUACAAUUGAACUUUCAAAACCGAAUCUAUUAUAAGUUUCUCCUGUUGCCAUUU